GCCCAGAUCGCCUGCACUCUGCGCCUAGAUCGCCGGCAAUCAUACCCCUUGCACACCGGCAAUCAUGCCCUUGCACACUCCCUACAUCCCCUGCUGCUACACCGAACCAGCCCUUGCUACCUGCGCCCUUAUACUGCUGUACCGAGCCUGCGCCUCCUGCACUCUACGCCCCAAUCCCAUGCCCCUGCCUUCUGCACACUACAACCAUACAGAAAAAACAGCAAUGCCAGACAAAAUUGGCAUCAUUGGUGAUUGACAGAGCAAAGCCUUUUUUCUAUUUCAUUUCUAUUUUUAUAUUAUCAGUUGAGUCUAUAUAUAGAGCAAAAGCAGAGUACAGAAAAAGGGGGGGUCUUGAGUUUGAUUUUGGGGGGUCUGUUUUUCAUUUUCGGAGUUGAGUUGGGGAGUCUCGUCUGAGUUUUUGAGAGCAAUAGAAGGGGAUUUAGUGGAGAAGAAAGGGGGCGACAACGGCUUUCGAGAAGAAGGAUAACCGAGCUUCCAGAGGAGCUUCAUUUUCUGGGUUUCGUUGCUGAAGGUAUUAUCUGAAACAUAGUGGUUUUUGGAACCGUACUGAAGGGGAUGAUAGGAGCCUGGUCCCGUGGGUGGGAUCCCUCCCAUCAAACCUGGAUUUACCUUCUUAAAACUCCACCGUGGGUGUUUCUGUUAUUUUGUUGAUCUUGUUGAUUUUUGUAUAUGGUUAUCGAAAAAUGAGUGAGAAAAAAAGUCUAUUUAGUUU